AUGAUAUAUAAUAUCAAUUGGUCCCAUUUAUUCAAUGAAUCAUUGGAGCCAAUAUAUACGAUUGGUAGUGCGGAUGUUAGAAAUAUUCGUCAAUCAAAAGAUGAGCAAAGUUUAUUUAAAUCAACAUUUACUAAUACAACCGAACGUGAACAGGAAUAUUCGUUUAAAACAGAACGUUCAACACGUAGUGCUGCAACGGUUGUUGUCGAGAAAGGUGUAUGUCGUGGAGUUGAAAUGGCAUUGAAAUUAAAAACACCAGGAGAAAUAGUAGAAGCAAAUGCUGGAUUUAAUACUGAAUUAACGGUAAUAAAUAUUGGCGAGAAUACAAUUGAAGAGGAGCUUGGAUGGGGUGUUGAUAGUACUGUUCGGGUACCACCAUUUUGUGAAACCGUUGCUGAGCUUAUCAUUUUGGAAGAUCGUCAAACUAGGAAAUUUUCGAUCGAAAGUCACAUGUCAGGCCGAAUUAUUGUUACGGUGACAAAUAUAAAGGACAAUAACAGUUUGAUAACAAUAAUUGAGGGUAAAAUUGCUGAUAUUAUACGUGGUAUAACAAAUUAUUCUUCAUUGGGAUUCACAGUACAAAAUGAUGUUGUUUCAUAUAUGACGAAAGGAAUAUGCAAGUUUAAAUAUGGUGUAGAGCAGAAAGUUAAAAUAACGGAACAUCCUAUACGCAAGUAUUGACUUCCAGUCUAACGUUCACGUGAACUUUACAUGUCAAUACAAUUUGUCCCGUAUGCUUUACGUUGUGUUAUUGUUCGCAUUGCUUUGUAGAUAAUCAUACAUUAUUCAGCAUUUCCAGUCGAUUGUUUAUAAUAUCCGAAGAAAUUGUCAUAAAUAAAAACCGG